GGGCGGGGCCCUCCGGGGGCGGGGCGGGGGCAGGAGGGCGCAGGCUCCUUCCCAGAAGCGGAAACAAAAGAGCCCCCGCCCGCCCGUCGCACACUCGGCUCUCGCUCGCUCGCCCGCUCCCCAUCCCUCCCCGGACAGCCCGCCCGCUCACACGCACGCAGGACGCACGCACGCUCGCUCGCUCCUUUGCUCGCACACGCAGGCACGCAGGGCUCGCCCGGAGCCGCGGGGGAGUCCGUGUCCAUCGGGAGGAGAAGGAACGAACGGCCGCUCGCCGAGGGGGUGUGCGCGCGCGCCUCACACUCACGCUCGGCGCUUGCACACGCACGCUGCCCUCGCCCCGCAGCCCAGCGGCCGCCUGAGGCAGGAGGAGCCCAACGCCCCCCGGACCCAUGGCGCUGAAGCGGAUCCAGAAGGAAUUAAGUGAUCUGCAGCGUGACCCUCCUGCCCACUGCUCAGCAGGACCUGUGGGAGAUGACUUGUUCCACUGGCAAGCCACUAUUAUGGGACCUCCGGACAGCGCAUAUCAAGGUGGAGUCUUCUUUCUCACUGUACACUUCCCAACAGACUAUCCUUUUAAGCCACCAAAGAUUGCUUUCACAACAAAAAUCUACCACCCAAACAUAAAUAGCAAUGGAAGUAUUUGUCUUGACAUCCUGCGGUCACAGUGGUCACCAGCUCUGACUGUAUCAAAAGUUUUGUUGUCCAUAUGUUCACUACUUUGUGACCCAAAUCCAGAUGACCCCUUAGUACCAGAUAUUGCACAAAUCUAUAAAUCAGACAAGGAAAAAUACAACAGACAUGCGAGAGAAUGGACUCAGAAAUAUGCAAUGUAAAUUGGAAGAGUUUUUUUCCUAUAUCCCAGAGUACUGUAAAUUCUAGGUUUUUUCAAUAUUAGAAGUAAAUCGAGCACCGUUUACUGUUCCAGUGUACCCUGAAACCCUUUGAUUUUUACCCAUUUUAAAUGUGUUUCUGGAGCAAGACAAAACAAACUUCCAAAAAUAACCUUAAGACUGUGAUGAGAGUAUUUAUCCUUUUGUAUGCUUUGCAAAAGACAUUUAUUAUGGUUUUUAAGAUACUUGGACAUCUGCAUCUUCAGCCUACAAGAUCCACAGUGCAGUUGUAAAGCAACCAAAUUAUUUUUUGCUGAUACUAGAUGUUUUUACAUGAGAUACUGUAUGUGUUUGUCUAAGAUGUCGUCAGUUUUAUAAAUCUGUAUUCAGAUUUCAUUCUUUGUUAGCUCACUAUAUAAUUUGUAUUUUUUUACUGUAUAGACUAAAUAUAUUUUAUUUACCAUGUAAGUCAACUCAUUAGACGUUCUCUUCCUGUGCACAGUAUUGACAAAAUACAACUGCUAGUAAUGAAAUGAAUGAAUGCUUUGCCUCCUUCUCUUACUUAGGAUAUUCCGUAGACUGAUUGCAGAUUCUUCCAACCUAACGUGAUCUUUUACACUGUAAUUCUCAGUAUGCUGAUUAUGGAGAAACACUUGUUUUGAUUUUGUUGCAUACUUGACUUAAUUUUAUUGCAAUGUGAACUAAUUGCACUGCUAAGUAGGAAGAUAUGUAACUUUUAUUUGUUGCUAUUCACAUUUGAUUUUUUUCGUACGUACGGGCAAUAUAAUAUUCUCACGGACCUUUUACAGAUCUUACUGUAGCCUUUUCCAUAUAAAUAAAAUGCUUUUUCUAUUACUCGUCAUGCCUGUUUUUACACCAAGACUCAUUACUAGGUCUAUGAGAAAGGAUCUGAAUAUUGUAUAUAGUUUUGCAUGCAUAUUCUUGAUGAGGAGUAUCCAAAUUUUGAAAAUAAGGUCUGCCUUAUUCAGAGUUCAUGUAUUUAAUUUUCAUCUGUUUUUAUGACAUUUCCUGUAUAAAUCUUGUCUGACAUUAAAUUAGCAUCCCGUAACAGGAAAUCAUUGUACUAACAAAUAAUUCCUGUAACUCGCUGUAGAGCAGAAUUCAGAAUAUUGUGGGUCUGUCGUGGAUCCUGGUGUUGAGGCGGUUUGUUUGUUUAUCAGAGAACCAGAAGGAAUCUCCUACAGAAGAUUAUUCCACUCUUAUGGCAGGCCUGUGGGAUGGACCCUGAGUAUAGCACUUGUAGACAUGAGGCCUAGUUUAAUGAAUUAGUCAAACUUAAUAUAUGUCUACAGGUGCAUGUUUUAAAAAUAAGUUUGUUCAAUAGAUCAAACUUUCAUUUUAUCCUCGAUAUUUAACAUAGAAUUACUAAUAUAGUAUUUUAGAAAUGGAUUCUCAAUUUUGAAUUAAACCGAUUUUUUACUAUAGAAGUUUUAAGAAGACACUAAAAUCAUGCAUGUUUGAGUCUAUUUUUGUGAGUAGCUUGCUUCAAAGCCCCAAAUUGACUUGUGUCAAACUUUCAUCAUUGCAUAAUGCAAACUUUGAAGACAAUAAAUUUUCUAAUCAUUUGACUUUAAAAGCUAGUAAUGACUUAACAUUUGUCUAGUGAGUGACAGUUUUGAAAGCACUGCAUCCAUAAUCUCAUCUGGUCCUCAUGACAGAGCCCAUGAGGGGAAGCAGGCCAAGUGGUAGUGAGUGCUCCCCUUGGACCGAUGAGGAAACAGAGGUUCAGAGAGGACUGCUAGCUUGCACAUGGUCACACAGUAAGAAAGUGAUAGAGCCAGAAUUUGAACCCAGGUCUUCUGAUUCUCGGGCCAGUGCUAUUUCCCCUACACCAAGGUGCUAUUACUAUUAUUAUUAUCGGUGUUGUUUUCUUUUUCACCGCCUAAUGUCUUUAACAUAGUCACUUUUCCUGUAGUGUUGCAGUGGUUCUGUAAGUGUACACCUAUUUGUGAUGGGUUUAUGACAAUAAUUUCAUUCGGUCGGCUAUCUUCUGGAUAGAAAGUUACAGCACAAAUAAGCUUAUGGAAAAAAUAGAGACGUCAUGUGUUUUAUAAAUGUAUGUAAAAUAUUUAAAUGAAUUGUGAAAUGGAAACUUAAAAUGUGAUUGUUAAAAAAAAAAAAAACCUCAUCCUUUGAGUAUUCAUGGUAGAGUCAUCUGAAAGAUACUUUACGUUCUGGGCUACUUUCUCACUGAAUUUGAAAUGGGGUUGAGGUAGCUAGAAAGAAACUCUCAGCCUCACUGGGGUUGGAUAAUUAAUCUACUUUGGUAGUAAAGAACUAUUGUUGGCUGGAAUAUCCUUAGAGCUUUUGUUUUGUGACAUUCAUUUAUGGAAGUAUUUUUUUCUUGCAUUAAAGUUUCUGAAACUUGA